AAUCCCAAGCUCCCAUGCAAGUAGCCACACAAACACACCUCACCGUUUUAAUAACUUCACUCACAGAUAGAUAUAUUGUUUUCACGACAUCACAGCAUAUAGUAUAGUGCAAACACCGCAAAAUAAAUAAAUAAGUAUUCACGUAACCAACUUCCACCGCAACCAAAAUGGGUGGUGCUGGGUUUAUGACGGGGAUGGUGCUGUUACUCAUGGCACUCAGCUCCGGCGUGCGGUCGUGUCCGCCAUCCGACAGAGCUGCGCUGCUGGCGUUCAGGGCGGCGCUGCACGAACCCCACCUCGGAAUCUUCAACUCGUGGACUGGCGCCGACUGCUGCCACAACUGGUACGGCGUUAGUUGCGACCAGGAGACCCACCGCGUCGCCGACAUCACCCUCCGCGGCGAGUCGGAGGAGCCGAUCUUCGAGCGAGCUCACCGGACUGGCUACAUGACCGGCUACAUCUCUCCGGCGAUCUGCAAGCUCCCGCGUCUCUCCAGCAUCAUCAUCGCAGACUGGAAGGGAAUCUCCGGCGAGAUCCCCCGCUGCAUCACAACCCUACCGUUCCUCCGCAUCGUCGACUUCAUCGGAAACCGCAUCUCCGGCAGCAUCCCCGCAGACAUCGGUAGGCUCCAGCGCCUCACGGUGCUCAACUUCGCCGACAACCAAAUCUCCGGCACGAUCCCGGCGUCGCUCGCGAACCUCACGAGUCUCAUGCACUUGGAUCUCCGUAACAACCUCCUCUCCGGGCCCAUUCCCAGGAACUUCGGUUCUCUUCGAAUGCUGAGCAGGGCCUUGCUCAGUGGAAACCGCCUUAGUGGGCCCAUCCCGGGCUCUGUUUCACUCAUUUACCGUCUGGCAGAUCUAGAUCUGUCUCGGAACCAACUUUCUGGGCUCAUUCCGGAGUCACUGGGUAAAAUGGCGGUGCUAUCGACGCUGAAUUUGGACUUCAACAAACUUUCUGGGCCCAUUCCCGUGAGCCUGUUUAGUUCCGGGAUCAGUGACCUAAACUUGAGCCGAAACGCAUUGCAAGGUAACAUACCCGACGCGUUUGGGCCAAGAUCUUAUUUCACUGCUCUCGAUCUGUCCUACAAUAAUCUGAAAGGGGCCAUACCCAAAUCCGUAUCCUCUGCUUCCUACAUUGGACACUUGGAUUUGAGUCACAACCAUCUCUGUGGCAAGAUUCCCCUUGGAUCUCCCUUCGAUCAUCUCGAAGCGUCGUCGUUUGUCUACAACGAUUGCCUCUGCGGGAAGCCACUCAAACCUUGCUAAUCUUCCUCCAACCAUAUUGUACAAUUAAUUAAUUAAUUAAUCAAUAAUUACUGUUGUUAUUACUUGUUACAAACUCACUCUCCAAAACUAUAUAUUCGUAAUUUGCAAUAGGAAAAUUAGAUUUGUGUGUACGUGCAUUACUCAACACGCAGAAUGAUCGUGUGUUUGUUCUGUUUUUUGAUGUGAUAUAUGUUUGGCGCUACGCUAAAUAAAAUGCGAGUGUUCUUCCCUCCGGGCACGUCCUUAUUGCAUGAAUUUUGUAUCAACUUGUGAUGAUAAUAAACGAAGUUUUACGUCGUUCCUUC